CCACGACCGCCGCGACCGCCGCCGCCAUGCUCGUCGACAAUCCGUUACAGUCGGGUAUCUCGAUGUCCUCAGCUUUUGAGGACUACUUCAACAUGGACCUUCUCGCUGGCCCAUCCGAUGCCGCUACAAAUUCAAGUGGAUCGCCUCGCUCGGACUCUUCGCCUUCCAACACUUUUUCGACGCUUCCUCCGACACCCCCCAACCCCCUCCUCGACUCAGCAAUGCAGCCGAGCCCAUUUUACGACUUCUCGCUGGACGAUGACUUCUCUAAGAUUGACCUCCCGGCGCCACUGGCAGCGCCAGGUUUCGACUUUUUCGGCGCCUUCUCCACCGCUGCGGCGCAGAUAUGCAACUCGGGAGGCGGAUCGGGCAAUGCGAGCUCGUCCUCGGGCUCGUCACCCGACAGCAUCGACCCACAGCUCGUGAACACUCCGGCGCAAUCGCAGCCGAUGAGCGAGUUCGGCGACGAUGCGGAGGACGAAAACGAGGAGGAGGAGGAAGCCGAGCGCGAGGAUUCGCCCGACGUCCAGGAUUCCUCCAUCGCCCCCUUCAAGGUAGGUGGGAGGGGAAAAGCCAACCGAAAGGGCACAGUCCAGUCGGGCGGGGUCGUCAAGCGAGCCGGAAGCGAGAAGAAGGAGAACAGGCCAUCGAAUAUGCUCUCGACGACGUCAAGCGAGCCCGACGAUUGGCGACCGAGCCCUGAAGAAUACAAGAAGAUGUCGAGCAAGGAGAAGCGUCAGCUGCGAAACAAGAUCAGCGCAAGGAAUUUUCGAGUAAGACGAAAGGAAUACAUUACGACCCUGGAAGGUGACAUCGCCGAGCGGGACCGCCUCAUCGACGCCAUCCGAACAGAGCUCGGAAGUACAAAGUCGGAAAACGUUGCUCUGCGCCAAGAAAUUAGCGCCUUGAAGAAGGCGCUUCUUGAGGGCCGUGGUCGUCCUGAUACUCCUAUCCUCCCUCCUCCUGCACCUCUUCCUGCAAUUCCCGCUUCUGUCUUCGCCGCGAGCUCGUCGAACUCUAGCUCGCCUGCCCCUGCGGCUCCCAAGAGCCCGUUGCUUACUCCGAACACUCAGAAGGACCUCCCGACGUCGCCACGGCUAGGUGCACGGGGCUUCUGGGGUGGUGCAUCUGCUGGCGGAAUUGGUGGCUUCGGUGGCUUCACUCCCGUUCACACAACUCUGGUGCCCGAAUGGGGUAGUGUGUUGUCUGGCAAGGCGCUUGUGGGCGCUAAGAACGGCCGAAAGAGCCCGUCGCUCCAGGAGAACAUUAACCCAAUCCUCAACGCGGCUUUCCAUGGAACAGACAAGAGCAAGGAGCAGCAGCCGCAACAAGUUGGUGGGCUGGACUCAUUCAUGGAGAUGAACGCGUUCAACAUGAACCUACUCGAUGCGUACCGCAUGCAGCUUUGGCGCAACGUGGCUGUUCAGCAACAGUUCCGCAACCAUCACGCCCAUCAGCAGCAACAGCAGCACCAAUCGCAUGCCAGUCCCAGUCCCAGCCCCCUCUCGAGCCCAAGCGGUCUCGCAAGCGGCCUGCGGCCUCACUUUUUCUCCAAGCAAGGCCCAGCCACCUCUGCAGUCUUGUCUGGCAAGGCUGCCACGAACUCACAUCCGACGUCCUCCGUCUUCUCGUCUUCCACCCACAAUGUCACCGCAAAUCAACCCAAGAGCCAGCCGACGCCGACGCCUCAACAAGCCAUGCUCGCGUCGAUGGCGUCGCAGACACUUGUGCGCAAGCUUGGCUCUGCCUUCUGGGAUGCGUUUGCCGCGCGCCCAUCGGGCGUCGCAGCAAGCGGUCGUCGCGCUCCUCAAGAGUUCGAUGCAGACAAGGUCCGCCGGGUCAUGGAGGGAAGCGCUGUCCUCCGUGUCGUCGAUGUCGAGCCACAAGCACAGGCAAACCGCGCUGCAGUGCCGCAGCCGGCCUCCGUGCGACCUCCGCAGACUUCGCAGACGUCCUCGUGCGAGAGGAUGUGCCCCAUCAACAUCACCGACCUGCUCGAGGAGUCGAUGCGCACCUUGAGCCUUGGCAAGAAGUAAGUGGCUACGAUCGCAACAUCGUUUGCCCCUCGUUGGAUGUACGGAAGGAGGACUGUCGGGAAGAGGGCAAGGCAAUGGACUAUGAAAUUGAAGACGAAGACGUGCUUCUUGUACAUAAUCUGGAUCGCCAUGGGUCCAUGUGUCAUACCGGUGUCGAUUAUCUCCUCCUUGUUCUCCACUAUAUCACCCCCUCUCCCUCUUUUUCUUCCGCGCCGCUAUCUCUCAUGCGUGUCUUGCAUUGCACCGCGCGUUGUCGUUUCACUCUCAUCUACGCUCAUCGUCUGUCGCUCCCUGCUUCUCCGUUUCCCGUCGUCCGUCUCGCUCUGCAGAAUCGCGUCCGUUCUCUCGCUCGAUAAUUAUUGUAUGUCGCUUCAUUCCCUAUGCAUCACCCCUCAUAAUCGAGAGAAAGUGUUUGCCGAGUCCCAAUACCAGCGUAGUAGAAAAUUUGUUCAAUCUGGCGACGCACUUGGGAAUGCAUACAACUGCAACUAGUA